ACUGUCAAUGUCAAUAAUGUCAAAUUGCAAUGUUUUGUAAACACAGUCAAAACUUUCUUAGAAAUUAAGAAUUUCAAAAGUAUUCUUUUUAAAACUUCACCAUGAUUGAUGCCGCUGAAGGGGGAGAGAUUGACUUGAAAGAACAGCAGGAAGCCGCAGCGACUCUUCGGGAACUUUUUCUGAAAGCUCUCGGUGAACUAAACGGUAAACCAUGCAGUAUUGUGACAUAUGAAAAGUCAUCACUAAAUGCAGUAUUUGUGGCGUGGCAUCCUGAUGGCUCUGAAAUCAUAGUGCGGGAUCUAGAAACUCCCGCUUCCUUUAAAAUGACCACAGCACUGCUAAGAACACCAGAUUUACUAGCCAUUAAAUUUGAUCAAUCUGUGGAGCUGCCAUAGAUAGCGUACUAUUUAAAUCAGUAGAGCAUUUUUUUAUUUAUAAUAAGGCAGAAUAAAACUGUAACAACUGUUUCCAUUUACAAUUCAUGGCAAUUACAAUCUAAGUAUAAUGUAUUGCCAUAGAGUUAUAUAAUGUUAUAAUACUUUCUAAAAUAUGUAAUAAAUAAGAUUUUUUAAAUAA